CAUGGACCCUCGCUUUCAUUCUCUGAAAUCGGUCGCGAUUACAGUCCCUGACCAAGAUGCGGACGAUGGAGCGAGCUUGAUUAAUAGCCAUUACUACUCAUUGGAAGGGUAUUGUGCUGCUGUGAUGUUUGAAGCAUUUUUGUACGCCUAUGCUGGCGCUGGCGAUAGGUGUCUACGCCUCACUAUUCGCGAUAUGUAUGCGGAUUCUGCUCAGAAACAAAAGAACAACGCAGAAGGUCCUAUUCGCUGCUUCCUCUUCUGGUUUGUUGUGAAGAGGAACAACAUACCAGAUGCCGACGUACACUUCAAAUUCCUCAUCUAUAUUACAAGCAGUAUUAUUGCCGACAGUCUGGUGAUCUAUCGUUGCCAUGCUGUUUGGAACAACAGUAAAAGGAUUAUAAUUUUACCCUGCUUUCUACUUGUCGGAGGCUCUGCCUGCGGGUAUGCGUUCAUUGCGCUUUCGAGGCAAGAAUAUCAUUUUCGCUCGCUCCUCGUAGCAUUUCUCUUCACAGUGGUGACCCUCAAUAUGCUCGUCAGCGCCCUCAUGGCGGGCCGCAUAUGGUGGAUAGCGCGGAACGCCCGGGCCAUCCUGGGGUCCAGAUUGUCGAAGAAGUAUAACACGAUGAUCGCCAUGGGGGUGGAAUCUGGUUUCAUCUAUUCGAUAUACAUUGUGUUGGACGUGGUAUUCCCAAAGGUCGUCCUGCUCGAUGCCGGUUUAGCUCAAGUUGUGGGAAUUGUCCCAACGCUUAUUAUAGUACAAAUCGGCCUCGGUCGAGAUGCUCACGACGUGGAUACGACGGCGAGCAUGGUGAGAUCCGACGCAAGAGGUUUCACGACGUCAAACGACUUCGCACACGACGCACCACUAGUUAGAGCACAGUCAACAAUCACCUCACCUACGCUUCCGCCAGUAUCAUUCUCCGCUGUCGAUCGAAGACCGAGCGGGCCGAUUGAAACCCGAACCCGACCACCCCACGAUCCUGAACGCGGAUUCUCAUA